ACCUUCCCAUCCAAUCCCUCCCAAAGAAAGUGAAAUACGAUGCCUCUUCGAUCUUCACAAAUACUCAUAAAUUAAUGAUCCAAAGGCUGUUUAUUUAUCGCAGCUUCUAUGAAUGCUACCUCACGUGAUUGUGCAUCAUCGUAAGCAAAGAGCAAGAAAUGUUUUUUGGUCUUAUCAUCCGCUUACACAUAUUGUCAUCAUCAUGAUGAGUACGCAAUUCGCAAUUUAUUAAUCACAUUUUUCUUGGUUUCAGUAUGCGACCCUUCUUCCUUCUCUCUCUCUCUACGUAACUUCGACGACCCACUUUCUCUCUCUAAACCCAAACUUAUAGAACAAGGAAAAAACGCAGUGGUUGGGCGCUAAUAUAUUGUGAAAAAGAAUGGAAUAUGCCAUUGUAUCGAAAUUUGUUCGCCGCCAGACAAUCUUAGAUACUCGUCAAUAAAUCCUCCCAAAUUUCUAUACUAUAUAACAAAGGGACAGAUACCACUUUCCUCUUUUGUUAUUGACUCAUCAUUAUUCAUUAAGAUUAGCCUCUCAUCAAGUAUAUGAAAGUAUUGUGAAUCAAAAGCCUCCAUUUGAAGAUUAAAAAUCAAAUAUGGGGUUAGAAAAAGAGCACAGUGGUAUACUGGAUAUUAACAUGGAGAAAGUGCGGACGAUUCUAACCCAUACAUACCCUUACCCUCAUGAACAUUCACGCCAUGCCAUCAUUGCAGUUGUUAUUGGUUGUCUGUUUUUUAUAUCAUCAGACAACAUGCAUACACUCAUUCAAAAGCUAGACAACAACAUCAAAUGGUGGUCAAUGUACGCGUGUUUACUCGGGUUUUUCUAUUUCUUUUCAUCUCCAUUUGUAGGGAAAACAAUUAAACCAAGCUACUCGAAUUUCAGUCGAUGGUAUAUAGGAUGGAUAUUAGUGGCAGCUGUAUACCAUCUUCCAAGUUUUCAGUCAAUGGGAGUGGAUAUGAGGAUGAAUCUUUCCUUGUUUUUGACUAUAUACAUUUCAUCUAUUUUUGUACUCCUUGUUUUUCAUUUAGUUUUCUUGGGCCUUUGGUAUCUUGGUCUUGUUUCUCGUCUGGCUGGGAGGAGACCCGAGAUCUUAACCAUUGUUCAAAAUUGUGCGGUGUUAAGUGUAGCAUGUUGUGUGUUUUAUAGCCACUGUGGCAAUCACGCAUUGAAUGAAAAACGAUUGGGAAGAAGAGAUUCCGGACUUUUUUCACUUUGGAAGAAAGGAGAAACGAGCAUAUGGCUCUCAAAAUUCCUUAAAAUUUACGAAUUCAAAGAUGAAAUAUGCAAAUCGUGGUUUGCUCCUGUGGGGUCCGCACGUGAUUAUCCACUUCUCUCUAAGUGGGUUAUAUAUGGAGAAUUUUCUUGUAGUGGCCCAUGUGAGUCAUCCGAUGAAAUUUCCCCAAUUUAUUCAUUAUGGGCAACGUUUAUUGGACUUUAUAUGGCUAAUUAUGUGGUGGAAAGAUCAACUGGAUGGGCUCUUACUCAUCCAUUGUCUGUAGAACAAACCGAGAAGCUGAAAGAUGAGCAGAUGAAGCCUAAUUUUUUGGAUAUGGUUCCUUGGUAUUCAGGAACAUCAGCUGAUUUGUUCAAGACUGUGUUUGACCUUCUUGUAUCUGUGACUGUAUUUGUUGGAAGAUUUGAUAUGAGAAUGAUGCAAGCAGCUAUGAGUAGGGUCCACGAAGGGGCAAAAGAGGAUUUUCUAUAUGAUCAUCUUAGUGUAAAAGAUCAUUUAUGGUUUGAUUUCAUGGCUGAUACUGGUGAUGGUGGAAACUCAUCUUAUUCUGUUGCUAGACUCCUUGCUCAACCUUCACUUUAUGCCUUCAAUGAUGAAUCUUUACUAUCAUUGCCUCGUGGGGACCUCCUCCUUAUUGGAGGCGAUCUCGCGUAUCCUAAUCCCUCGGCGUUCACUUACGAAAAACGGUUUUUUCGUCCUUUUGAGUAUGCGCUUCAACCACCUUCGUGGUAUAAAGAUGAGCAUAUAGCGGUUGAUAAGCCGGAAUUACCGUUUGGUGUGUCUGAACUCAAACGUUAUGAUGGGCCCCAAUGCUUUGUUAUCCCUGGGAACCAUGAUUGGUUUGACGGGCUUCAAACUUUCAUGAGGUACAUUUGUCACAAAAGCUGGUUAGGUGGAUGGUUAAUGCCACAAAAGAAAAGUUACUUUGCAUUACAAUUACCAAAAGGGUGGUGGGUUUUUGGUCUUGAUUUAGCUCUUCAUUGUGAUGUCGAUGUUUAUCAAUUCAAAUUCUUCGCCGAGUUAAUAAAAGAAAAGGUUAGAGAAACGGAUUCGGUGAUUAUUAUGACACACGAACCGAAUUGGAUAUUGGAUUGGUAUUGGGAUGAUGUGACUGGAAAAAACGUGUCACAUCUUGUGAAAGAUCAUUUAAAAGGAAGGUGUAGACUUAGAAUGGCGGGUGAUUUACAUCAUUACAUGCGUCAUUCGCGGGUCCCAUCUGAAACACAUGACUCUGUGCAACAUCUACUUGUUAAUGGUUGUGGUGGGGCCUUUUUGCAUCCCACGCAUGUUUUUAGUAAUUUUGAUAAAGCUUAUGGAGCAACUUAUGAAAUGAAAGCCGCAUAUCCAUCUGUUGAAGAUUCAAGUAGGAUUGCUCUUGGUAAUAUCUUGAAGUUUCGCAAGAAGAAUUGGCAGUUUGAUUUCAUUGGUGGAUUUAUUUAUUUCAUAUUGACAUUUUCCAUGUUCCCACAAUGUAAUCUUGGCCAUAUUUUACAUAAAGAUGAUACGUUUUCGGGGCAUGUGAAGAACUUUUUUAGCACAGUGUGGGAUGCUUUUAUGUACAUGCUUGGGCAAUCGUAUGUAUCUUCUACGGGUGCUUUGUUGCUAUUAGUGGCUGCAAUAUCAUUUGUUCCUUCAAAAGUGUCGCGAAAAAGAAGAGUAGCAAUUGGAGUUCUUCACGUUUCUGCUCAUCUUUCAGCUGCUUUGAUUCUUAUGUUACUAAUGGAAUUAGGCGUUGAAAUAUGCGUACAACACAAACUUUUGGCAACUUCAGGGUAUCAUACGUUAUACGAGUGGUACAAAUCGGUGGAAAGCGAGCAUUUUCCGGACCCCACAGGGCUUCGGACACGUAUCGAGCAAUGGACUUUCGGGCUUUAUCCGGCUUGCAUAAAGUAUCUCAUGUCAGCUUUUGAUGUUCCCGAGGUGAUGGCGGUGACACGGACAAAUAUAUGCAAGAACGGGUUAAAUUCACUCUCGCGAGCUUUUUCUUCCUUGCGGAUUGCUAAUUACAAAUCCUUCACACGCUUCCAUAUCAAGGAGGAUGGCGAUCUUGAAGUCUUCACUCUUGCAGUUGACAAGGUUCCCAAGGAAUGGAAGCUAGAUCCUGAGUGGGAUAAUGAGGUGAGACAACCGCAAAUGGCUAGUCACAAUCGGAAGUAUCCGAGCAAAUGGAGGGCGAAUGCUUUUCAUCAAGACCCUAUAAAUACUGUUAGAAUCGUAGAUCAAUUUGAAAUUCAACCAACAUAUAAAUUGCAAGUGGCAGCAGUAAAUGGGUCCAUGUCUCAUUGAAUGUAGCUUUAAAUUCAAUGGAUUUGUUUAAGAAAUUGUGUUUCAUUUAGAUAUGGAAUACAGUUAUUAGUUGUAGAACUUUAAAUGAAUGGUGCAAUGUUGCCUCUAUGUUUAGUGUAGUGUAGAUAUUUUGUAUGCAAAUUCCAGUUGACUUAGCAUAAUCUAGUGUGGAAUUCAAGAUUCCAUUCCGUAGUAUCUUUGGAAUUCAAAAUCCUCAUACAAAACAUCAUUCUUAAAAGACAUCAACUAAUUAGGGUUUUGCUUUUGGAGAGAUCAUAAGCCGAACUAUCGCCCCCAUAUGCAUGAAUGACUUGCUUGCUUCUUUUAAGCAUUUAGCUUUCACGUCUCGUGACCAAUGCUGCAAUCAAAGAGCAUUCAGCUUCUCUCUCAUAUCCUUUAAUAACUCUUCAGGGUCCCCUGGCCACUGGCAACUCUCCAGUUCUCUUCCUUCUAGUAUCUUUUCAGAUGUCUGCAUAAAAAUCACUUGUCCACCUGCUAUGUGGCUGAAGUAAAUAUUGUAGAGAUGACAGAAAAAGAAAGGAGGAUUCUUCACUGCAAGUUCUUCUAAAUAUUUUACAUAUUUUGCACUAGGGCUUUGAGGAUCCGGGAUUUGUAUAUUCUGCUGGCUAAGCCAUUCUAUAUCCUUUGUAAAACUUUCACUUCUUUCCAAUCCAGUCUUUCUGAAGUAGGCAACUGAUACAUCUUGCGACUCAUCGACCAAUCGCUCAAUAUUGCUAAAAACAUGCCGAUUUUCAACCAAAAAACUCAUUAAUCCACGCAGAUCAGGUUCCCAUGUCCCAGGAUCCUCACUAUCGGUUCCACCAUCAUCGUCAUCAGAUCCGUCAAUUUCUCUAUCACUGUUACCAGAGUCGUCAUCUUCCGUCUCACUGUUGUCGUUGUCAUCCAACUUGCGACGCUCAUGAUCAGGUUUCUUUUUACGGAGUUUCAUAGCAACGAAUCUCAUUUCUUCGGUGAUACCUCCCUCUUCACCGGGCUGCUUCCUCCUAAACAUGCGCUGGUACUUUCUCACAGGCUUCCGCUCAUUAAGCGGCGUUGACGCGUUAUCCGGCGAUGAUAAUGAUGAUGAUACUGCCGAAUCCUCGGUAGUUGAGUUGAAGCAACAAGAGAUAGCUGGAAACCUAAUUGAUUUAUUACUUCUGGGGUUUGAAUUCGUUGUUGAUAUUUGUGUGAUAGAGACAGCUGUGUGACGGAAAUGGUAAUGUAUCGAGUAACAGGAAGGACGUGGCAGUGACGAGGGUCUGAAUGUCGGUACGUUCACCAUUGCUGCCGCCAUGUUUGUUUUCAUGGCAGUCUCUUACAAGCUUUCCUCCGGUUCAACGGAAAUGAGUUGCGCCAAUAGAGGAAGACAUUCCCAAAGUCCCAAGUAUUAUCCCCAAGGCCCAAGUGACUUUGUUUUUAAAUUUUAGUUUGCAAGUUUUUGGAUUGGUUUUAGCCUGU